AUGAGCGCACUUACUCGACAAGGAAGCGGUGACAACGCCAGUUCAUUCGGUUUGAAAAUUGAAGCUAAAUUUUUUUUUGUAGAUUGGCGUCGAAUAUAUUUAAAUAAAGAAGAGCCAUAUUUGUUAGAAGAAAAUUUAGUUUCGAAGGACCCCUUUGAUGUCUUCGAUAUUUGGUUUAAAAACGUUGCUUCGAAGUCUGAUAUAAGUUUCGAAGAAAUUAAUGCUGUCUGCUUUUCAACAUCAAGUAAUAAUCGGCCAUCAUCACGGAUGGUACUGAUGAAGGAUUAUGGAAGAAAUGGAUUUUCAUUUUACACAAAUUAUGAUAGUAGAAAGGGUAAAGAAAUUGCUGCAAAUCCAUUUGGAUGCUUGUUAUUUUAUUGGCCCAAAGUAGAUCGUCAGAUUCGUGUUGAAGGUAGAAUAGAAAAACUUCCAAAUGAAUUAGCAGAUGAUUAUUGGAAAAAACGACCAGUCAAAAAUCGAAUUGGUUCAAAACUUAGUGAACAAAGCAAAGUUAUACCUAGCAGAAAUUUCCUUUUGGAGAAAAAGGCAAAGUUGGAAAAAUUGGUGGAAGAAGAAGGUGAAACGGCUGUUUCACGGCCUGAGAACUGGUUUGCUUUUAAAGCUUUUGGAACUGUUUUUUUAAUGGAUCUGGGCGGAUAUCGUCUUGUUCCCGAUUAUUUUGAAUUUUGGCAAGGUCAGUCUGAUCGUAUUCAUGACAGAAUUGUUUUUGAAAAAUCGAAUUUUAAUGGCUCUAAUUGGAAAAUUUACAGACUUUCACCAUAG